CUAAGGUGUGGUCAUGGCUGUUCAUUACCAGGAGUAAAGGGAGAAAUGGACUGAGUUAGAGGGAGAGAGAGAAAAAAGGACGCUGAAUCAGUGUUCGAAAGCAACGGUUGAACUAAUCCAAGAUUUGAUCUUAUCAGUACAUUGAAAGUGGUGUCGACAUGAACAAUAACCAGACACCAGGUCCCCAGUAUGUGAACCAUGGGUUUCAACAAGGAGAGGGAAGACCCCCUCCAUACGCCUCUGCCCCAAAGAUGCACAAUGUCCCCCCCUCUAUUUGUCCUCAGUACGCUCCCCAGUACGCUCCCAAGACCAUCAAUACCCACCACACGGUCACGCCUGGAUUACCACACCCAGUCCCAGAACAAAAAGUGGUGAAGAAAAAUCACUGUAAAUGUAUUGUGGCCUCUAUCCUCAGUGUCUUAGUUUUCCUUGGGGCAACAGGAGCGUUGGUUUGGUAUUUCCUGUCCAACCAGUGUGUGUUGGAGAGGUGCUGUAGGCAGGGAGGUGUGUAUCUGAGUGCAUCCAAGUGGUGUGAUGGCAUCAGAGACUGUCCAGGAGGAGAGGACGAGACACAGUGCCUGCGCCUCUAUGGGUCUUGGUCUGUGCUGCAGAGUUACUCAUCAGACAGUCAGACGUGGAAGCCAGUGUGUGCUGAUGACUGGAAUGACAACUUUGGCAGGGCCACCUGUAAAAAGAUGGGAUACAGCAGUGGGUCCUAUGUUCGGUCCUCACAAAGAAACCCUGGCUCCUUGGCUUCUGAGGGCUAUUUGAAGCUGUCUAGCUUUGACCACCAAUCCCUUCUACAGGGGCAGCUAACUAGAAGUCCCUACUGCUCAGCACAAGCAGUCUCCCUGCAGUGUAUUGACUGUGGUGUCAGUAUAGCAGCUCCUUGGAGCCGAAUCGUAGGGGGGGAUAUAGCAGUGAGCGGGGCCUGGCCAUGGCAGGUCAGUCUGCACGCCAGGGGCCAGCACCUGUGUGGAGGCUCCAUCAUCAGCCCUGAGUGGAUCCUCACUGCCGCCCACUGCGUAGAAACGCUAUCAGGGCCCAGUCAGUGGACGGUGUAUGCUGGCUAUCUGGCCUUGACCCAGAUGGAUUUUGCCACUGGGAAUUCAGUGGGACACAUAAUCUCUCAUGAAAAGUACGACAAGCAGACUAGUGAUAAUGACAUCGCUCUUAUGAAACUCAGCACACCCCUCACUAUGUCAAAUACGGUGAGACCAGUCUGUCUGCCCAAUGUGGGUGUGAAUGUGACUCCCCAGCGAGAAGCCUGGAUCUCUGGAUGGGGGUCCAUUAGGAGUGGUGGGUCGUCGUCGGGAUACCUGCGUCAGGCCCAGAUCACCAUGUACAGCAGAGAGACAUGUAAUGCAUCGUUGGUGUAUAAUGGACUUGUAACCGCCUCUAUGAUCUGUGCUGGGACACUGGCAGGAGGAGUGGACUCAUGUCAGGGGGACAGUGGAGGACCAAUGGUGGCCAAGGAGGGUUCAGUAUGGUGGCUGGUAGGGGACACUAGCUGGGGUAUAGGUUGUGCCCUGAGGAACAAACCAGGAAUCUACGGCAAUGUCACCCACUUCCUCCCCUGGAUAUAUGAACAAAUGCAGAAGAAUUGAUGGAGAUGCCAAUGAAGACUCACCCUGUUGCUUAUCAAAUUCACCUGUUUGAAUACAUUACUUGUACACUGUUUUCAGAUAUUUGUUGGUGCCUGUUGACUUAUAAGAUUUAAGUUUUCAGGGAAUAUCUAUUUGACAUUUUUUUAUUAAGAUAUUUUUAUCAUGUUGAGGGAAGGUAUGCAGGAAUUGUCCUUUUGAAAGGGAGUACUGUACUCUGCAUACUUGCACACACAUAAAUCCAUGUUUUGGUCACCUUUUUUGUUUUACAUGAUCAGAGCCUUUUAUAAUUUUUAUGAACCUGUGUAUGAUAAUAUCAAGUAUUAAUUGACAAAAAAUUAAGUGUUAUGUUUUUAUGUACAUUAAAUAAUUUUGCAGUGUUUAUUAAUUAAAACAAAUGUGUUAGAGUGAGUCAGACACUGAUACAUGUACACUUGCACAUUCAAUACAGCCAGCCCAGGUGAAAACAAUGAAUACAUACAGUACCAGUCAAAAGUUUGGAAACAACUACUCAUUCAAGGGUUUUUCUUUAUUUUUACUAUUUUCUACAUUGUAGAAUAAUAGUGAAGACAUCAAAACUAUAAAAUAACACUGGUGCUCUAUAUCAUGGACAUUCAUUUCAAAUAAUCACGAAAAUGCUUUCCAACACUUCUAUCUACAGUAUCUGCCCCUCUUAUGGCAAGGCUCCAAAUUAUGAAGUAUUCUUGGGUCAUCCUGGAUAAUCUGGAACAACCCAACAGCAAAAUCUCCCUGUUAUUGCAGGACAUUUCCUAUUGGAAAUUUAAAAAGGCUUCUUAAAUUUGUAAAUUCCACUUAAAAAUUUCAGACUUGAUUUGCCCUAACUUGUAUCAACCCCUACACAAAUGUCCAUUAAUUAUAAUCCACACAAUAAUCACAUUUCCUGUUGCUGCAGGAUAUUUCUUCUUCUUCUUAUAUUAUUUUCCUGCCUUGAGAAACUGUUCCAACUUACAGCACAACAAUGGCCAUUUGACUUUUAAAGUCUAAGUGUGUGAGUCUACACUAUUUAUCAGCAGUAGAAAAUGGACUAACCAACAAUAAGUUAAAUCAUGGCUUUACCUUCUCUCUAUUGAUGUUGUCAGGAAAAGUGAGGCCUUUGUCACCCAAGAAGGCGCAUAUACAGUGUAGUAGGCGCUACCUCUAUUUCCUUCUUUGCCUCUGGACUAAACCUGUUUUGAUUAGGAAAAAUAAAAACCUUGUGUGAAAGUCUUGGAGUUAGAUACUGUAAUUAUAUAAGUAAAUGAUCUGCUUUCAACAUGGUGUAUACGUGGUGUCACUAGAGCAUCAGACAUAAUAUAAAGCACCAUGUGAUUUUCAAAUACCUUAGAUGACAAUACCUACCUGGAGGUUGAUAUUCUUAGUUCCAUGCAAUUUAAGUUCAUACAGUUGUGGUCUUCAUGUUCACAAAAUGUUCUGUCAACAUAUUCUAAUGCUCAUGUACUACUCAUUUGUAAAAUACGUCAAAGAAUUUUGCCAUCAGCACAAAGGAGACGUUUGGAAUAUUGUGGAUGAAGUUGACCAACGCCGCUGAGUUAUCCAGGCCUAUAUGUUCCAGGCAGAGGCAGGACAAGCAGUGAAUUACCAUGUUGACAAGUAUGUUGGUUAUUAAUGAUCAACACCCAAACACUGACUCUGCCCCCCUCAUUCGGAUUAGUCAGAUUGGCCUACAGUAUCUUUUCGCCCAACAUCAAACGCAGCUGUAUCUAUCUUUUUCCUGAUGACGCUGUGAGAGAAAGGGUCUCUGUGUUAGUAUGAAAUAUGUUCACCUCUUAAGUUACAAUAAAGAUGUCAUAAGCUGACAAUCAGGACAAUCCUUACCAUUGACAGCCACAAUAUUCACCCCCUUGCCGAUAUUGCGAUCUAUGUAACACUAUGUAAACACUAUGACACUAUGUAAACUAUUCAUAAAUGUCUUAUACACAAAUAAAUAAAAAUGAUAGCCAGAGGCAUGCAAAUGUU